AUGGACCAACCAGGCAUAAGACAAGCAGGCCAAAGCAAAACAGACAUGAAUCAAGCAGUUAUGAGCCCACCAGAUGAAAGUCCAUACAAUACAAAAGAACCAGGGCCAAGCCAACCAAACAUCAACCAGCCAAGCAUGAGCCAACAAGGCAUGAACAAACCAGAUGUGACAAGACCAGAUGCAAGGCAACCAGAUAUGAACCAACCAGGGCCAAGCAUGGACCAGCCAGGCAUGAGCAAACCAGACAUGAGUCAACAAGGUUUGAGGCAGCCAGACCCAAGCCAACUGCAUAUGAAACAUCCAGGCACAAGCCAACCAGGCAUGAGUCAAGCAGGCCUGAGCCAAACAGGCAUAUGGCAGCCAGGCCCUCCUCCUCCCAACAUAAAGCAAACAAACUCACGACAAUUGGGUUCAGCAUAUCCAGGCAGGAAAUCACCAGAAAUGUGGCAAAUAGACCAAAGCAAUCAGGAAAUGAGACAAUCAGACAUUGUCCAACGAGACACAAGCGCAGGACAGAGACAACCUGAUACAUGGAAAACAGAUCCAAGUUAUCCAGGAAUGAAACAACCAGAACCAUGGCAUUGGGAUCCAGGCUCUCCAAGCUUGAGACAAACAGAUGCAUAUCAAUGGAACCCAAGCCACUUAGGCAAAAAACAUUCAAAUUCAUGGCAAACAGGCCUACAUCACCCAGUCAUCAAACAUUUAGAAUUCAAAGAACCAAGUCCAACCGAACACGGUAUGAAACAACAUGACACAGCACAACCAGGCCCUCCUAUUCAAUCAGUUAUGAGACUGCCAAGCCCAGGACUACCAGGACCCAGCCAACCAGAUAUGAGACAAUAUGACACAUGGCAAUCAAGCCAGAACCAACAAGGCAUGAAACAGUUGAGUACUUGGCAACCAGGCCCCAGCUCACUAGGCAAGAGAUUGUCAGGCACAUGGCCAUUGGGCCUUAGCCAACCAGGCAUGAGACAAUCUGACACAUAUCAACUAGGGCCUAUUCAUCCAGAUACACAACAAUCAAGCCUCAGUCAACCAGCCAUGGCAAAACCUGACACUUGUCAAUCAGGCUUCAGCCAAUCAAACAUGAAAGACUUGGACACAUGGCAAUCAGGCACUGAUCAACAUGGCAUUAAACAGUUUGAUUCAUGGCAAUGGGGUCCCAACUCCCCAAGCAGAAAACAAUCAGGCAAAUGGCCAGCAGGGCUCAGCCCUCUAGGUAUGGGACAAUUGGAUUCAUGGCAACCAGGCCCAAGCCAACUGGGCAUGAGGUAUUCAGACUCAUGUCCAUGGGGUCCAUGCCACUCAGCCAUGAGACACUCAGAUUUAUGGCAACCAAGCCAGUCAGGCACAAGACAAUCAGAUGCAUGGCAAACAUGCCCAAGCCACCCUGGCAUGAAACAAUUGGAUACAUGGCAAUCAAGUCCCAACUUCCCUGGUGUAAGACAAUUAUAUACAUGGCAACCAAGCCCCAGCUGCUCAAACACAAGACAAUCAGAAAAAUGGCAUCCGGGUCCCAGCAACCCAGACAUGAGACAAACAGAUAUUUGGGAACCAAUACCAAGGCAAUCGAAGACAAGCACCAGCCAACUGGAAACCACUCAAUUAGAUAAAAGUCAACCAGAUACCACCCAACCAGACCUAGGAGAAAUGACACUAUCAGAUACAUCAGAGCCAAGUCCAAGUCAGCCAGAGACAAAAGCCAGCCCAUCAGACACUACCAGCCAAUCAGAAUCAAUUCAAGUAAGCGGAAGUCAACCACGUAAAAGUCAGUUAGAGCCAAGUGAAUCAAGCAUGAGUGAUUUAAGUAAAAAUCAAGAAGGAAUGCUCCAAUUACCCAUGAGAAAGACAAACUCUGUUCCUUUCAAAAUAAGACCUGCUGAGCCUCAAGACUGCCCAGAUAUUCUGCGACUGAUCAAAGAAUUGGCUUCCUAUGAGGGUAUGCAAGGAGAAGUAACAUUAACAGAAAUGGAUUUAUUCAGGGAUGGUUUUGGAGAACAUCCACUUUUCUACUGCCUAAUUGCUGAAGCACCCAGUCAACAGACAGAAUUGGAAGUAAAUACUAUUGGAUUUGCCAUGUACUACUACACAUACGAUCCCUGGGUUGGUAAAACUCUUCACCUAGAGGAUUUUUACAUCAGUGAAGAUUACCAAGGUCUGGGUAUUGGGGGUGACAUGCUGAAGAAACUAAGUCAGGUAUCCAUCAACACCCACUGCAGUGCCAUGCAAUUUCUUGUCACCAUUUGGAAUCAGGAUUCUGUUGAGUACUACAGUCGCCUAGGGGCUUUAGACCUUUCCUGUGAGGAAGGCCGGCAUUUGUUCAGAUUUAACCUCGAGGAUCUCCUGGGACUUGCAGAGGAAGAAUGAAAACACCUAGUAACAACUCAUCCAAAGAUAGGCCUCAACAUUGGAAUGUCACCUUAGAAACAUCGCUUUGACAUCAAAUGUUGUGAAAUAAAGCAAGUGAGCAAAAUACUCUUGUAGAUAUUUGGCUUUACAGAUAUUUCAAGAUAGUCAAUUCUUCAUUAUCCAAACUAAACACUAAAGUCUAGUAAAAGUUUUAACAAUCUAAUGGAUUUCAUCAUUCAAAAAUCACUUACACUGGACUUGAAGUUUUUAGUAACUAUAUUUCAUGAAAUGUACAACAGUGUUAUUUUCAUAUUUUAACAUAAUUGAAAUUAAGGUAAGCACAAUUCUCAAAUGGAAUUUUCUUAAGGAUUUAGGUUUUAUAUGUGAUGAAGUAUGGGUAUAUGUAAAUAGAAAUAGGUAGGUAUGAGGUUUACAAUUCAUUUCCUAUAGUGAUGCUAAGUUCUGAAGACAUUACUUGUGAAAAACGCAUGAUUCUCUAUCUUGAGCAUUCAGUACUCUUUGCUACUGUUUCAUAAGUAAUUCCAUCCCUGAACUUCUAGAGCUCUUUGGUUAUAGUUAGAGAAGAUAUCACAUUCAACACUUUUAUUUGUAUAUGUUUCCAUCCUUCCUGGUACAGUUGCUUUAUAAAGCUCCAAGUAUUUUGGGAUUAUGUAACUAACUAGAACUAUCAUAAAUGGGUGAGUUCCUGAUAUACAUCAGUCAUACCCACCAAGGAUAUUUGCCUAUUAGAAAAUACUUAUUUAAAAAUUUGUGUGGUUUAUCAUAUUUAUAUAUACCAAGGACACGGGGUUGCAAUGAAUUAAUAAAUUCUAUUUGGAGGAUGGAAAAGGUGACAGUAAAAUUAUACUUGAAAGUUUGGUAGGAUGUAAGAAUGUAGAGUGAAACAAGACAAAGGGGCGAACUGAGAGAAAAUAGCACAGGCAGAAAGAGCAAACAUGUACAUUAAGCAAAUGGAAUGUCAUAAAUGUACAUAUGAAAGAAGGUGUCUAAGAAGCAAGAUUAGAAUUAGAAUAUAAGAUAGUAGUAAGUUUUCAUUUGACUCUAUAGGCAAUGGUAAGCUACUGAAGUUUUCAUUGAGACAUCAACUUAAUAGUCAAAAAGAUGACUGUCACAAAAUGAAAGAUGAGCUUUAAGAAUCAGGGAAUAUACAUUUAAAUCAAACUCAUUCAUUUCUAAACUUUGAAAUUCUGCCUUCCUCACCAUGAGUAAAAAUACUCAUUUUCUACCUUCUUAUAGUGAAGACUGUGGCUAUAUGGGUUCUGGUUUAGUUAUACACAGAAAUCUGAUGAAAAGGACUCAGGUGUACUCUUUGCACACUGUACACCUGUCCUAUGUCUUCCUAUUUUGGAUAUGUAACAUGCUCCCUGGAGGUAUAAGUUAUCUUGUGACUCUGAAAUAUGCUAAGGAGAUCAGCGUGGAAAGUCUAGGUCUUGAUGUCACCAAGGAAAUACUGUAUUAUACCUACACUUGUAGCCAGAAGCUUUUAUCUGUCUAGCUUGGUUCAGUUUUUCUCUGGCCUGCUGGUCCCCAUAGCUAUCUAUAAAAUAAUCAUUCAGAGGCUUAAUAUUAAUUAUAAUUUCUUGGCUGAUGGCUCAGGCUUAUUAGUGAAUACCUCUUAUAUUUAAAUCAACCAAUUUUUAAUAAUCUGUGUAUCACCACAAAGCUUCAUGGCAUUACCUGUUCUCUAGUACAUCUUGUUGCUCCAGCAGCUCAUUGGCAUUUCUCCAACUCUACCUUCUUUUGGCCUAUAUCUCUGCUUGGAUUUCCCACAUAUCUAUAUUGUACCCUGCCCUAGGCUAAAACAGCUUUAUUCAUCAAACAAUAAAAGCAACACAUAUUGGCAGUGUUCAAAAGGACAUCCCACAUCAAAUGCCACCUUAUUUCUGGUUUUAAAUGUAUUACUUGUUUAAGCUCUUUACCUGGUUCACAUGCAAACAAAACCCAUCUGAAGUAAGGUUGACAGUGUGCAGAUUAGCCAGUAAGUUAUUGUGAUAUCAGGAGAGUAAAGAUAAAGAUGUAAUAAGAAAAUGAUAGAAUUAGGAAAGGGAGAAAAAUUGAUUUGAGAGUAAGAAAUUGGGAAGGUAUUUAUUUUUAGACACAAUGACAUUGAAAUACCUUUGAAAUGUUGAAUCGAUAUAAAUAGUCAUUAGAAAUAUAGGUUGGUCUGCUGUACUAGAGAAAGACUGAGGCUAUAAUAUGAAUAGUAACUUAGAAAUGGUGGCUGAAGCCAGAAGCUGGUAAAAUAAAAAUGAAAGCAUAUCGAGAAUGAGAUAAGAUCACAAAGAAUGGAAGCUGAGAAGUCUCAGGCUUUGAAACAUUUAGAGCAACGGAAGCAUGAAGAGUAACAAGAAAUGCAGGGAUAACAGAAUACAAAGAAGGAGUCUCAAGAAGGGAAUGGUGAACACUGAUUAACACCCUAAGAAUUCAAGUAAAUAUAGAAGUUAUGAGGUCACAAAGCAAUGUCAUGAAUGGUGCUAUCAUGAAGUGAAGGAUAUUGGAAUUUAAGAAAAUGGGACCUAUAAGUCUAUUAAAGAGAAAUGAACUCUUUUUUCUUGAAGAUCAGUAUCAAAUUUCAGCUCCAUGCUGACCAUUGAAAAUGGUCAGGGAAAAAUUAUGUUGACUGGAAAUGGAGUUGCAAAUGCACAAAAAAAAUAUUUUGCAGAAGUCUUAAAAUCUGUGAGCACAUUCUUGUGUUAAAUUUAAAAAGCAAGGUUACAUAACUUUUGAAGAUCAGGGAACUAUGUAUAGCUAACAUGACAACAUGGUAUAAUUUCAGUUUCUUCGGAACACUGUUAUAAUUUGACAACUUGUACGGAUAAGUUGAUUUUUACCUUGAAAAUGCGCGCGCGCGCACGUGUGUGUGUGUGUGUGUGUGUGUGUGUGUGUGUGUGUGUGUGUGUAACUUAAAUAAAAAGUUAAAUACCUGAAACUGCCAAGUCUGUAGUUUUCAUUAUCAAGUUCUGGCAUGAAUUUUGUAUGUGAUAUCAUAAAAGACUUGAUAAUGUCUCAAAAAUCACAUUGUUUUCAACAUUUGGUCUCGAACCACCUUACUUCUAAAAGUAAAUACUGCCAUGUCAAAAUCAACAUUUUUAAGGAAUUUUUGUUAGCUGGUGAUAGUUUAACCCUUUGGGUCUUCUUAUAAAAUUCAGGUUUAAAAACUCAAGUACAGACUGAGCAAGUUGUAUUUAUAUAUUUAGGAACACACACAUACACAGACACACCAACAUCCACACCCACCCGUACUUGCAUAACAACUAAUGAAAAAGAGGUCAUCACAUUGACAGAGAGCAAGGAAGGAUAUAUGAGAUUUUCAGGUAGGAAAGUGGAGUGGUAACUAUGAAAAUUAUAAUUUCAAGAUUGUUUGAAAUAAUUAAAAUAUAUUAACUUUUUAGAUUUUAUUUUUCUCUGCUUUUAAUUUUUUGAGAUUAUAAUUACAUCAGUCCCCCUUUCCUUUCCUCCCUCAAAAUUCUCCCAUGUACCACUCCUUGUUGUUUUUCAAAUUUGUGGCCUCUUUUAUCAUUAAUUGUUCUUACAUACAUAUACAUAUUCCUAAUAUGUAAGUCCAAGCUGCUCAGUCUGUAUAGUGUAACUUGUGAUUUCAGGGUUGACCAUUUGGUAUUGGAUAACCAAUUUGUGUGCUCUUCUCUGAGGAAGACUAUUUCUCCUGCUCUCAUCAUCCUUCAUUUCUUUGGGUUGAGUUGAUGCCUUCUGGGCUUUUCCCUACCAGUUUGCCAUGUCUACUGUUUCCUUGUUCCAUGCAUCUAUACAAUGUAUUCUGAGCAUAUCCAUCCACUACUACUUCUCCAACUCUGCUUUAUGCUCUCUACUCAAUCUCCCUCCUAACUUCACAUCACAUUAUUUUUUAAUGAUGACUCUAAUUAAUGCUGCUCAUAUGCACAUAGCUAUAGGCCAUCCAGUGGGGCUUGAGCAACCUACCAGGGGCCACAUAUCCAAUAGAAAGUGACUCUAUUUGUUAGCAGCAUUCAGUGGGUCAUAGCUCCUUGGAUAGGGGGUAAGACCUCAACAUGGUGGCAGGAGUUCUCCUAUCUGUGCUGGAAUUUUGACUGGCUUGAUCUUGUACAUGACACUAUCCAUUUUAAAUACUUAAAAGUGUCCAUGAGUGUACAUGUAAGUGUAUACAAUAAUGUGUGAGUGUGGGCACAUCUAUACUACAAGAACAUGUGUUGUGACCAAAACUUGAGACACAUUUCUUGUUCUUCACUAUUGCAAACAUGAGCCUAGCUACCCCAGAAACUUCUGAGGGUCCUCCUAUCUCCACACUCUUCUUGUAAAAGGGUAGAAACAUUGAGAUUACAGAGGUGCACUGAUGCACUUGGUAUUACUUGGCUUCUAGAGAUUUAGACUCAGGUCUUCAUGCUUUCAUGAUAAGCCUUUGUCCCACUAGACCAUCUCAGUCCCAUUUUAAUGACUGCACAUACAAAAUCUCUUGGUGUGCUAUGUAAUACACUUCAUGAGAUAAGCAUUUGAGGAAGUAAUUUCAUUGUCUUGUAUUAAUUUUAGAAAUUCCUGUCUUUUAUCCCCCACUGCUGGGACACUGUCAGCAACUACUAAAUAUGUUGACACUAGAUAAGGAAAAUUCUUUUAACAUAUGCAUUGCCACUUCAUAUCUCUUUAUUUAGUUUUACCCUUGAAUGUCCCUAAAGAAGUCAUUUCUCCAAUAAAAUUAUAUUUGUCAUCAGUUCCAUCAUCAACAUAUCAAAUUCAACCACAUCUGUAGUAUGAGUGCUGUCAUCCACCUCUAACGCAUAAAAUUUACAAUCAGUGCUUCUACUCCCAAACUUCUUUCAAUAGAUUUUCCCAUUUUUCAAUCUGCCUGACUGAGGUUUCAUGAGGUCUAUUUAUUUAGAACUAGCUCUCCCUUUCUAAGGGUGUUAUAUUUGUCAUACUCUCUACACAUUGCUUAAGAAACUCACUAUAAAUGAAUGGUUUUAGUUUCGCUAUUAAAUAAGCUGUCAAAAACUAGCUAUUGCAAUACAACAAUAUAAUUCAUAUGAGUUAUAACUUAAAACCUAAAUUUGUUGAGAAGACAGACUUUUUUUCAGUUCUUCUGUUUUGUCCUUAACAUACGGUCCUUGACCUGAAUCUAAAUUUGCAGCAUGGUUUUGCAUAUAUGCCCUUUCCAAAUUAUAGUCAUUGAAAGCUCAUAUGAAUACAGAAUACCUUACUCUUUGCCUUAACAAAAAACAUUUAUUUUCACUGAACAAUCUUCCUUAAUUUAUAAUCUUUCUAUUAGUGGUUUACUCUCUUUGGAGAUAUUGUAGAAGCCAUGGUAGAAAAAAAUUAUAAGGGGCUUUAAUCCCAAUACUAAGGAGGCAGAUGCAGGUGGAUCUCUGAGUUCGAGGACAACAUGGUCUAAAAGUUAGUUCCAGGAUAGCCAGAACUGUUACAAAGAAAAACUCUGUAUAACAAUAAUAAUAAUAAUAAUAAUAAUAAUAAUAAUAAUAAUAAUAAUAAGGGGGACUCCGUUUACUUAAAAACACUUACUUAGCUGGGCAGUAGUGGCACACGCCUUUAAUCCUAGCACUUGGAAGGCAGAGGCAGGCAGAUCUCUGUGAGUCUGAGGCCAGCCUGGUCUACAGAGCAAGUUCCAGGACAACCAAGGCUGUUAUAUAGUAAAAUCCCGUCUCAAAAUACAAAACAAAAAAUAUUUAUCAUGUGGGCACAUAAGCAUGUCACUGCCUUGUGUGCAGGUCACAGGAUAACCUGUAAGAUUCAGUUCUCUCAUUGCACCAUGUGGCUCUGAGGGCUCUAAUUCAGGUCAUUUGGCUUCAGGGAAAAGACUUUUACUUGCUAGGCCAUCUAAGCUUUGUGCUUAUUUGAUUAUGAAACUCAAUUGACAGUGAAGCAGAAAACAAGGUGUGCAUCAACAUGCCAGAAGCUGAUGCAGGAAGAAAGGCAGGGCCCAUUGUAAAGCACUCCAGGCAGUGUGUUAUCAGUGACUGAGGUUUGAAGCAUCCUUAAUAAUCAAACAAUACUUGCCUGUCUCCUAAAUAUCUAACACCUAAUGGCUGUAAUGGUCACUAAAGUAUUAUUGAUAAUCAAUGUGCUUUACUUCAUUUACACAUUAAUAGCACUUUAAACAUGUAUAGGAAUUAAAGGAAGAAAGUCAAAAGACAGUUUGAGGGAAGAGGCUGUUACGUUUUGUCCUUUUUUUUUUUUUUUUUGUAUUGUGCUUUAGGAUUUUCUUUAAAAAAAAAAAAAAAAAAACUAAAUCCAUUUACCAGUUGAGGGAUAGAACUGAAGAGAAACCGAAGACUGAAGUUUAAACAAGAUGAAGUACAGUACUGUAAAAAUGGAAAAUCGGGGAUCUGAGUUGAAACACAAGUCUUAGGAAAGGGUACAAAGAACACAGCGCAAAGAGUAACUCAGGAAGGUAGGUGACUGGACGUGAAUGGUCGGAUCGAAGAAUUGUACAUUUCUGCUCGAUGAAAUAGGAAAGAUGAUGUUGAUGGGUUUGUGAGGCCUGAGAGGAAUAAAACAGAAAAAGCACAACACCCAGGAAGCAGUAUCAAAGUUGGUAAGCAAUACUAGGACAAUGUAGUAUACAGUCUGUUUAAGAUGUUUUCAGGCAUUUAAGAAUAGUUAAACAAAGCUGGGUGGUGGUGGCGCACGCCUUUAAUCCCAGCACUUGGGAGGCAGAGGCAGGCAGA